AUGGCAUCGCCGGCCCCCGACAUCCCAUGCUCCUGUGACUGCUUUGUCUCGGUGCCUCCGGCCUCGGCCACGCCGGCGGUGAUCUUUGCCAAGAACUCUGACCGACCUCGGGAUGAGGUGCAAGAGGUGGUGUUCCUCCCAGCAGCCACUCACGCCCCAGGGAGCCGGCUCCAGUGCACCUACAUAGAAGUGGAGCAGGUACCGAAGACCCACGCUGUGAUCCUGAGCCGCCCCUCUUGGCUGUGGGGGGCAGAGAUGGGCGCCAACGAGCAUGGGGUCUGCAUUGGCAAUGAAGCAGUGUGGACCAAGGAGCCUGUCCGGGAGGGGGAGGCCCUGCUGGGCAUGGAUCUGCUCAGGCUGGCUUUGGAACGGAGCCGCUCUGCCCGGAAGGCCGUGGACGUGAUCACUGGUUUGCUGGAGUGCUACGGACAGGGUGGCAGCUGCCGGGAGGACCCCACACCCUUCUCCUACCACAACACUUUCCUGCUGGCAGACCGGACAGAGGCAUGGGUGCUGGAGACAGCAGGGAGGCUUUGGGCUGCCCAGAGGAUUCAGGAGGGGGCCCGAAACCUCUCCAACCAGCUGAGCAUUGGCACAGACGUCUCUGCCGAGCACCCCGAGCUGCGGCCUCAUGCGCAGGCCCAGGGCUGGUGGGGUGGGCAGGGCACCUUUGACUUCGCCCAGGUCUUCUCGCUGACCCAGCAGCCAGUGCGCAUGGAGGCCGCCAAGGCCCGCUUCCAGGCCGGCCGGGAGCUGCUGCGGCAACAGCAGGGUGCCAUUACGGCAGAGGUGAUGAUGGACAUCCUCAGGAACAAGGAGAGCGGCAUCUGCAUGGAUUCCGGUGGCUUCCGCACCAUGGCCAGCAUGGUGUCCGUGCUUCCCCGGGACCCCGCCCUGCCCUGCGUCCACUUCCUCACUGCCACGCCCGACCCUUCCCGGUCAGUGUUCAAACCUUUCAUCUUUGGGAUGGGGGCGGCCCAAGCUCCCCAGGUGCUGUCCCCCACUUUUGGAGCACAGGAUCCUGUGCGGAGCCUGCCCCGGUUCCAGACUCAGGUGGAUCGUCGCCACCCCCUGUACCGUGGGCACCAGGUGGCGCUGGGGCUUAUGGAGAGUGAGCAGGAUCAGGGGCAGCGGCUUCGGCAGCGGCAGCAGGAUCUGGAGCGGGAAGGCCUGGAGGCUGUGCGAAGGUUGCUGGCUGGGGAGGGACCCCCACCUGCCGAGGAGCUGGGGGGCCUCUUCCAGGCCUUCGUGGAGAGGGAGAGCCAGGCAUAUGCCUGAGGCACUGCCUGUGGGGGGAGGUAGAGGGGGGUCCCAGGAGCUGUGCCAUCCUUUCCACCUGUCAAUCUUGUCCUCAGUGGUUGUUUGGACCUUUAUCUUAAUAAAUGUUUUACU